AGUUUGGCAAUCUAUCUGCAACCAGUGUGCGACGCAUAGGAAAGACUUCGUUUCCCAGCAGCCUCGGCGCGUCCCAAGCUUCGGCCAGAGGAGCGGGCUGCAGCGAGGAGGAGGAGAGCGGUCUAUCGAUUUCGAUGGCGGUCUUGGGACUCCGGCCUGAAUUGUAUCGAUGGCGGCGCUUCAGUCAGCCUUUGUCCAGGCAAAAGAAAAAGUUUGAUGCUGAUAAUGUGGACCACUGGAUUAAGAGAGUGGAACAAGCUUCUGAGUAUGCUGUUUCUGAGGCGUUUUCCUUGAAAAAAACAUCUUGCACCAGGGGGCUUUGUGGUCCCGUGCUGAAUUUGGAAACAACAGAUCAACUAAUGGAUCAUGAUGAGGCAUAUGCAGAAGCUCAAGAACUACUUAGUGACUGGAUGGAUUCCAAGUUGAAACUGGAAUUGAUGAGUGAUCAAGAAGAUGCCAAUGGGAAUCCUAUCAUCCCAAUUCCUUCCCAAGAGCCCAUCGUUGCCUUUCAGAAAUACCAAAAAUUCGAUGAGUUAUAUGAGUAUUUGGAAGAAGAGCUGGAAGAUACCACAGUGCAGGAUUAUUUGCAGCAUCUAUUGCAAAGUGAAGUUGUGAAUAGCGGUAUAUUGAAAGACCUUAGAACUGAAGAUCUUAAAGAGAAAAAGAAGACCAGGGACCCACGAAUUACCAUGGAUUUAAGACAUAAACAGGUAAAAGAAAAUCGGCUGAGACGGCAGAAAGAGCUUGAACUUUUAAAACAGGAGAGAGCCUUGAAAAAAUCUGCAAUGUCUGAGGCUCAGAAGCAGCUCCAGGAAGAGAAAAAGAAAAAAGCUUUGAAAGCCAAAAAAGAAGAGGAAGAAAUUCAAAAGCAGAUGGUGAAGCUUCGAAAAGAGAUGGUAGAUAGAAGGCACCUCAUGGAAGAAGCAUGGAAAAUGGAAAGAAAGAGACACAGUUUAAAGAGGACUCAAAGGCUGGUAGAAUUUGGCCUUUUUCCUAGUGUGUCAGGCCAUAUAGAUUGCGAGAAAGAAGAACUAAAAAAGGAGAAACAAAUCAAAAUACAAGAGCUACUGAACAGAGUUGAUGUUGCAAAUCAGAAGUGCCUACAGAAGUAUUUCUCUGCCUGGUACAAGCUCAUUCUGGAUCUCAGGCUUAAGAUGGGAAAAGCAAGAGCUUUUGCAGACUGGAAGUGCCAACUGAAGACUCUGCGAGCUUGGAGAGAUCAUGUGUGGUCUCAGAAUCUGGAGCAGGAGACUCAAAAAAUGGAGCACGAGCUUCGGGAUCAGAAUAGGAAAAAUCUGUUGGCUACAGAAUUUAAUCGGAAAUGUAUUUUGCGUCAUUGUUUUACUGAGUGGCAAUGCUGGAGUCGAGCAGAGGUAGAAAAGAGAGAACUACAGUUGAAAAAGGAGGAAACCAGGAAGAAAAUGGCAAAGCUGCUAGGGGAACUGGAGCUGGGGAAGCUUCUUCCUGUGUGCAGCUCAUGGGAUGCCAAGAGACACCAUGAGGCAGAAGGAGCUAUGGACCAAUGUGUCAAUUUUACAGAAGUGGCUGAAAUACCCCUGAUACAAGUUGAUCCUCCAGCUGAAAAUGCUGAAAACACAGAUUCCUACUCUUUAGUUAAAAGUCAGAAAUUUGAUCCUCAUUCACUUCAGAAGCCUAAAUGGGCAUGGCAAGUUACCUUGAAACAUGCUGCUUUAAAUACUCAGGAUCACGCCAUGUUUGUUAACCCCACAAGAAACUAUUUGCAACAUCUAGGAAAGCCAAAACAAAAAUCUACUCCUAUUUUCUUGGGGCCCAUGGAGCAUCGCUAUGCUUUUCAGCAACAGCUGAUUGAAGAACAGAAACGGCAGCUUCAAGAACAGCAAGAACUGAUCCUUAAACUUCAGGAAAAUGAGAGACUAAAAGCAGCCAGGGAAGAGGCUACACGAGCCACAACUGCUACUUUAGCACUCGACAAUCAUGUACAGAAAAUCAGGGAAGGAAAGAGAGCAAAUUUCAGUAAUAGAGAGCCUUUAAGGUCAAAAAAAUCCCACCCAGCAGUCCAAAGCAGAAAGAACUUGAAAAUGGUAUCUACAACCCAUCCUUUACUCAGAGCUAUGGAAGAGAGAGCAAUUGAGCGAGCAGAACGGAGGAAAGAAUUGGAAGAAGCAAAGAGGAAACGAGAAGAAGAUAAGCUUGCCCAAAUGCAGGCUGAAGAAGAAGAGCGCCAGAGGGUGGAAGCCGCAGAAAGGGAAGCUCAAUUAGAGAAAAGACGGGAGGAAAGGAAACUGCAAAAGAUUAAAGAAUUGGAAAAUCAGAGGAGGUUAGAGAGAGACCAGCAGUUAUUGUCAAAAGCAAAGGAACAUUAUGAUAAAGUUCUACUCAAGAAGAGGGGGUUCGAGCCCUGGAAAAAGCUAAUAGAGCAAGCCCAUAAAAAUGUGCUGGUGGCACAAAAGCACCGUGUCUGUAGAUUGCAAAGAAAAUGUUUGCUUGCCUGGCUUCAUCAUAUGCAAGAGGUUCUGGCUGAGAAAAUAAUUAAGGCUGAGCAGCUUUAUUCCUCCCUGUUACUCAGAAGGUACUUCAGGAUCUGGAUGCAGUACAAGGAUUACUUAUCUACCCUGGAAGAGCAUGCAAGAAAACACCAUGAAAGUUCCCUUAAAAAGAAGGUCUUUGGGGCUUGGUUUAAUGUGUUCAGUGAGGAGAAGACUGCACUCUGGGAAAAACAGAAUAUUGCAGAUCAAUAUAGUGCCAGGAGGAUAAUGCUAACUGUGUUCAGAACCUGGAGUAAAUUUCCAGCAUUGAUGAAAGAGGAAAGGGAGAAAGAAAAAAGACGGGAACAAUUGAGGAGGAGAGUAUCUGAAAUUCUGCCAGAUUUCCGAACAUGACAAAUGGAUUCCAGACAAGAAAGCAAGUGGACUUGGGGGUUAGGGGGUGCAAUUUGCAUGUCCCUUUCUCGGGCUCAAUUUAUAAAAUCAGUCCAAGCAAAUGGCAGAGCUGUGUGCUUAUAUGUUCCUGCCAUAGUGUGACAGCAUGUUUGUUUUCCAGAGAAAAUAGCCUAUUGAACCCCUGCUUAAGUACAGAUUAGUGCUUCCUUUUUCAUCUACAUCUUGUUUAUAUUUGUUGGCCUUCUUUCUUGUGAUAAGAGCUUAUAGUGUAAACUUACUGUUGGCCCCAUUUUCUUCCUUCCUCCCCCCUCCUUUUGAUGGAAACUGGGUAUGAGUAUAACCACCAACUGCAUGUUGCUGCCCAUUUAUUAAGAAGGCUAUCAUCACUGUCCAGUAAGUUGGAACAUUCAUACAAGGGCGCGCACAGUGAAAAGCAAGCGGUCCCAUCCCUCCCAGAGGCAGAAAAGAUUUCCAGCAACAGAAAAAAUGAACCCUGAACAAAACCCAUAAAAAGCAAUCCACAAUGGACAAUAUCUAAAUAUACAGUAGUGUCUCGCUUAUCUGUCAUAAACUGGCGGGCAGAAUGACAGAUAAGCGAAACUGACGGAUAACAGGGUGGGUGCACGUUUGCCCAUCCUCCCUCGCUCACUUACCAGGCUGGGUCCCAGCAGCGGCGACGGCAGCACCAGGACCUGGCGGGGUGAGUAAUUGAGAGAGAGAGAGAGAGAGAGAGAGAGGGAGGGAGGGAUCCAGCCAUCCAGUGGAUGGCUGACUCCCAGUUAGGUUCAUUUUGAACACUUUUAGUGUGAGUUAAAUAUAUCCUGUAAACCAGUCACACUAAAAUCCCAUAUACAUCAGUGAAGCACCUGUUUUCUUCAGCUUCAUGGAAUUGUCACCAGAAGUUAUGUUGUAGAUCAUUUACUCUAGGUUUCUACUGAAAUUGUUUUCUGCAGGGUUUGGUUGCACUCCAGUAAAUAAAAUUAUUCUAAAACUAGUGCCUUAUGUUCACCUAACACAAUUCUUCAGGUUCUUAAUUCUGCCAGUAAGGAAAUGGAAAAGCUGUUUAUGUGAGAUUUGAAGCUGCUUUUUGAGGUUACAUGUUCAUACAACAUAUUAAGGUUAUUAUCAAUCAAAACUUGAAUCAUUUUAUAUGACACAGUUCCCACUGUUUUCUGGCAUGUCACUUAGAAUCACUGUAAGAAUAGAAGAAAAAUAAUCUUGGCUGAUUUUAUAUUCUAUAGACCCUGCCUGUGUUGCUUCAUAUUCAUUGUACAAUACUGAAAAAAUAUAUACAAAAAUAACAUUAAAAUAAAUAUAAUCUCUCGGUCA